AUGGAAGGCCUAUUCUUCAACGUCAACAAUGGCUACGUCGAGGGCAUUGUCCGCGGCUAUCGCAACGGCCUGCUCACCGGUCCUGCCUACAACAACUUGACGCAGUGCGAGACUAUUGAUGAUCUCAAGCUCCAGCUCGGCCCUGCCUAUGGCGACUUCCUCGCUUCCCUUCCGCCGAAUCCGUCCACGUCCAGCCUCGCCUCCAAGACGACCGACAAGCUCAUCUCCGAGUUUCGCUAUGUUCGCGCCAACGCCGUGGGCUCGCUGGCGACCUUUAUGGACUACGUCACCUACGGCUACAUGAUCGACAACGUGGCCCUGCUCAUCACGGGCACCCUGCACGAAAGAGAUACGCGCGAGCUUCUGGAGCGAUGCCACCCGCUCGGCUGGUUCGAGACGAUGCCUGUGCUCUGCGUCGCGACCAACAUUGAAGAGCUCUACAACAGCGUGCUGAUCGAGACCCCGCUCGCUCCGUACUUCAAGGGCAGCCUGAGCCACCAGGACCUCGACGAGCUCAACAUUGAGAUUGUACGGAACACGCUGUACAAGAACUACCUCGAAGACUUUUACAACUUUGUCAACACCCAGCCAGACAUGGCCGGGACUCCCACGGCGGAAGUCAUGUCGGAGAUUCUCGAGUUCGAGGCCGAUCGGCGAGCAAUCAACAUCACGCUCAACUCUUUCGGGACAGAGCUGAGCAAGGCAGACCGCAAGAAGCUCUACCCCAAUUUCGGCAAGCUGUACCCCGAGGGAACCCUGAUGCUCUCGCGGGCCGACGACGCCGAGGGUGUGCGUCUGGCCGUCGACGGUGUCCACGACUACAAGACGUUCUUCGAUGCCGCCUCCCUUGGCGAUAUGUUCUAUCAGAAGGAGAUGGAGAUAUCCAAGGGCGCGUUCACGAGGCAAUUCACCUACGCAAUCGUCUACGCUUGGGUCAAGUUGAGAGAACAGGAGAUUCGCAACAUCACCUGGAUUGCAGAGUGCAUAGCUCAAAACCAAAAGGACCGCAUCGGCAACUUCAUCAGCGUGUUCUGA